GAGGACCACGAGUCGGUGGUGGAGGUGCAGAGCUCCUGGCCCCCGGGCGCCGACAGCCGCUUUGUCUUCCGCAAGAACUUCGCCAAGUACGAGCUCUUCAAGAGCAACGCGCAGUCCCUCUUCCCCGAGGUGAUGGUGUCCAGCUGCCUGGAGGCGAAUAAGAGCAUGGCACACUCCGAGCUCAUCCAGAACUUCCUCAACUCCGGGAGCUGCCCCGAGGUCCAGGGCUUCCUGCACCUGCGGGAGGCCAGGCGCAAGGUCUGGAAGCGUUUCUACUUCUCCCUGCGCCGCUCGGGGCUCUACUACUCCACCAAGGGCACCUCCAAGGACCCCCGACACCUCCAGUACUUCGCUGACCUCACCGAGUCCAACAUCUACUACGUGACGCAGGGCAAGAAGCACUACGGGACGCCUACCGAGUUCGGCUUCUGCAUCAAGCCCUACAAGGUGCGGAGCGGCGCGAAGGGCCUGAAGCUGCUCUGCAGCGAGGACGAGCAGAGUCGGAGCUGCUGGAUGGCAGCUUUUCGCCUCUUCAAGGUGACCGUCAGG